GCUGUGAAUCUUUGUUGUUUUUCCUUAGCCCGGAUACUUUCAGGGUGAACAGAAAAAGACUUAAAUGUUCAAACAGAACUAGUAACUUUUUAAUGAUGGCUGAAUUUACAACAAAUAGAAUAACAUCCACUUCUUUUGAGAUGAGGACAGGUUCUGCACUGCUUUCGUCUUACACAAGACUUGAACACAGAAAAGCAGGAUUCUACAGUCGACAGGCACUUAAAGAUGAGAGGAAAAGGAUGGGAGCAAGCACCAGGAACCAUCAGAAUGUGGGCAAAUCCCAACCGUACCCUGCGAAUGCAGCACGGGAACGGAGCAGGGUUCAAAAUUUAAGGCAGGCGUUUCACAAUUUGCAAGCAGCUUUGCCUUCGGUCCCACCUGACACAAAACUGUCAAAACUGGACAUCCUAAUACUGGCUGCAAAUUACAUUGCUCAUCUUACCCAGACCCUGGACCAAGGAAACAACGUGGUAGAUCAUGUUCAGCCAUUGAGAAUGCAGGGCUAUCUUCACCCUGUCAAGAAGUGGCCAAUGCGCUCCCAUCUGUAUUCUGGCGCCGUAGGAGAAAUCCUAACUGGAGUUUAUCCAAAGCAGAAGGACAUCGCUUCUGGAGAGCAGUGUGGCAGGGCAGCGCCCUGAUGAAGGGACAGUUUACACAUAUUGUUGUAUGCUGGUGUCUUUACUUUGAUACCAGUGCUACCAGUCAUUGAACUGAGGUGUUAAAGUUCAUAUAAGUUUGGCUUAACAUCUUCUCUGUUGAGUGCUUCAGUAAAUAUACCAGACCAUACUUCUUCACUGAUUUCAUGUAAAUAUUUAGAUUCAGAUUGAAGGAAGUGAUUUGAGAUACCUCAGACCCCCUUAGAUUUUGUUUUCAUGUAAAAAGUGACUAGUUAUUAUGUAUCUGAGAGAUUACACAAGGACAGCCUAAGAGUUCUGGGUUCAAAGCCUGGCUCAGACAUUUUGUGUGAAAUUUGACAGUUCUCCUUGUGUCAGUUUCUUUUAACAUUCCAAAGACAUGUGGGUUAGCUUGACAGGCGACUCCGCAUAGGCCCUUGAUGACCUGGAGCUUCACUAAGACUCAGUUUCCGACUUAUUCCCAGUGAAGCCUCUUCCCACACUAUAGUAGAAUAAGCAAGUUUGGACAAAUAGAUAUGCUCAAAAUCAUAAUUGCAAUUUAGGCAGGAUAUUUUUACAUCUUCUUACUAUUGUUUAAUAUUCUGUACAACAUGAGUGAAAGAAAUAGGUCAUCUUUACAGUAAAACCUGAUCUCAUAACUGCAAUGAAGUAUACAUUAGAUAUGUAUUAAUUAUAUAUUUCAGUACUUAUACUUUCGUCAGUAGCUCCCAUUACAAUUUAUCCUUCAUGCUUUGAGUCAGAAAUAAUGGAUUCAUUUUAUUUGAACAAGAAACAAAGUCAGCCAGUUCAUAUCAGGCAAACCAGUAAAAACCAAACUUAUACUGCAUUUUAAUCAAAUGGAGAUUAAGGAGUGACAUGACGGAAGUAUUUUAAAAUAUGAAUGGAGUCAGUAGGGUGGAUGGCAGCUGUUACUUUAAAAUGAAUCUGUAAAAAAACAAAACAAGACAUGGAGUCACAGACACAUGCCAGGCAAUGGUACCUUUUGUACAUAAAUUAGCAAUUCUUUGUUCACAUAUGAAUGUAUGGCAUGGAUUGCUUAGCAUUUUGCUCCUACACCUGAAACUAUUUACGUGUAGUACCCUUCAUGGAGCGCACACUCAACGCAGUCUCUUGGAUAUGUUAGAAGAUGAGCAGUGCUGGGGUCCCCUGCCUGUCAUUGCUCUUUAAUUUCCUAGUAAGUGCAGCACGCUGCGUGAUGAUAACAUUUUCAGUUUGGAUGUUUAUCAUAUAAUAAUGCACAGAAAGAUCUAUGUUACAUUAGGAUAACCUUGUGUUGCAGAGUAAAUGUUUUGUGAUAUUAGUCUGUAUUGCAAACUAUGACAUAUACAAGCUUUUUCGAUAUAGUGCCUUUCUACUUCACAAAUGCCUACCUAUUUCUUUGAUGAGCUAACACAGUAUUGAUUCAAAAAUCACAACUUUAUCUGUUAUCUGUUCAUUUCUUAGAAAAAUGAAAAAUAUGCAACCAAAUAUGAAGAUGAAAAGUUCAAAUCACACCACCAGGUUUCAUAAUUUUAAAAUUUAUGCAAUCAGUAUUUCAUUUUGUCUACAGUCCUCUAAAUUUCUCAAGAGUUUUACGUUUUAUUGAGUCUGUAAUUAGUUAGAAAGUUUAUUUCUUUUAUAUACAGUAAAGUAGGCAGAAUGUCUAAGCCGAAAACAUUUACAGGAAAAGCUCGUCCAUUUUAUAGGUUUAUUGGUCUUUAUUAUCAAACAUGCAUAGUACAGUGAAAUUAAUCUGCAUAGCAAUAAUAAUAGAAGGAGCCAUGGAUUACCUACAGACUGACUCUUCUUCUCUUAGCAGCAUUCACACACGUACUGGACCGGCCAUCAUGUCUUGCCUGACACCCAGAGCUGCUGUAAUGAUCACUGGCUUCCUGUGACCCUAGACUGGGCAGUUUACAUUUACCGCUCAGCACAUGCAACAUUAAGUGUAUACCGAUAAUUUUUCCUUUGAUUGCACACUAUGCAAGUGCUUUUUAGUGUGUCCGGAAUAAGUUUUCAUGGUAAUGCAGUAAUGUAUAUUUGUUUUUCGUUUUUUUUUUAAUGUAACAUAGGACAUAGGUUUAAAAUAUAUAUAGGUUACUCAUUACUUAAAAGUAAUAUUGUAAAAAGGUAUUAAAAUGGGCUUUGUUUUCAGGAAUGCAUGAUUUACUAAGAUCAGCUAUUUUUUAUGAUGCUACAAACUUUCAUGACUUGGAAGUCCCAAAAGCAAACAAGUCCCAAAAAUACUACCAAUAGUUGCCCUGUAGGGGGAAAACCCUGACGAAAUACAAAAAGGAUCUUAUGAAGAAUCUUCAUAAAAUAACAGAUUUAUUUUAAUAAAGGCUCUGCAAUCCAAGAAGCUCCUAAGAGCACAAAAGAAACUGACUUAGAGGGCAAGGCAAUCCAUAGAAAACAAAGUCCCAAUACAGGAUCUUAAGAGCACACGUUCAAAAAAAUCCAGGAAAUACAGAAAAAACAAGGAACAGCAAAACACAAAUAACACUCUACUAACUAGUAUGUUCGAAAUGAAGCACCAAGAACUGUGGAAGGCCCUCCAAUAUAAAGGGUGGAGGGCAGUUCCUGGCGGUGAAUGGCAGGUGGCCCUGCCCCUUGGGGAGCCACCCACAAAACACAUAGAACAUAGUGAAAUAAUCACAAAGAAUAAUGCACAAAAUACAUAAAAGAAACAUCAAUAUCAAUAAAUGGCACUUUGAACCUCAGUCAGAGGAGAAAUGCUGGGUGAAACAUAACAUGACCAUUUGCUUAACCAUCUGAGUCUUUAGGAAAUUCUGUCACAUGCUGAUUAAGGAUGUGCAAUGCACUCAAGAAUGCCUUGUUAUGACAUAUGCAAGUGACUUGCUGAAUGCUAAGCUUUGAUAUUCUGUUUGUGAUGUCAAAAGCAUGGAUUUAGUUUGUAUGAGCUUCAAAUAUCCAAGAAGGUGAUACUAUACAUUAUAUGAACUCAAAAAACGUGGACUGGAAGGGACAAAUAAAUGUAUGACUCUGGAAGAGAAGCAGGUUUGAGAAGGCAGUUUACAAUAUAAUUACCUUAAUGUGCUUCCUGUCCAGUUUGUCUGACACUACAUUUGUGCAUCAUUUGAAAUUAGAUAAAAUGCUGAUAAUAAUAAAGCAUGGGCUGGAAUUGGAGUUUUCUGCCUGAGCUGUUUCAUUGGUGAAUGUUACCUCCGCAUUGGUACAGGAGAUGUGUCAGGCGCCACAGAGCUAUUAUAAGUGGAGGCUUGCAUUCAAAGGUCAUGCAGGAGCAAAGACCAAGACGGACCAGGGGCAACAUGUUAUGACAGAGAGUCACCUGGUGGUCUAAGCAAGAUGAACUGAUUAUCAAGGUUCCAUAAAUAUUGUUUUGCCAACUCUCAUAUUUGUACCGUGCUUAUAUUUUGGGUAUAGUAUCUAUAAUACAUGAUAAAUAAAUUUGUAACUUUUUCUCCUGCUUGUUCUGGUACUCUAUUAUGUUGACUGACGUCAUAGAUAUUAAAGGUAGUG